CAGAUCUUUUCUUCUGUACCUCGAUAAAUAUGCAUUUAUUUAAAUGUUUGUUAACAGUAGAUAACAACAGUUUACUACAGUAUUCUCACAAGAUCUACCAAAAUUUUCAACUUUGUGCUUUCGCUUAAUGCACAAUGCACAAUGUACAGUACAAUACUAUUCAUUUGUGCUCUGUAACUAAGCUAAUGGAACUAUAAUUCCCAAACUGCAUUGCAAAUGUCCAUGUGAUCUGACUCAAACUCAAUAAUGGCAGUUUCUUUUCUCUGAGCAAAGUACUGAAGAAAAUAAGUAAAAUGAGCAAGAAAUACGAAUUAACAAAAAACGGAAAAACAAAAAGCGGGUCUUCGGAGUGUUUUCAAGUAUUAUGGAGAAGCUGCAAUUUAUGUAUGUUUUUUUUCUUUGCUUUAGCGGCAUAUGUGCAGAUCAAUGACCCCGAUGCUGGCAUAUGGAUGGUUGCAUAUUCAAUCCCAGCUUCUUUGUGUUUUCUGAUAAGCCUUAAGCCUCCAAUUACAGAGGUAUUAAUCUGGAGGAGACUAUCUGAUCUUCAUAUGCUUAUUUGUGCUGCUGUAGCUGCCAUGUUGGGAUGGUCCUUGUAUAAAAGUAAAGCUGAAAAUAUCUUCCAGAAAGAAGAAGGAAGAGAGUUCUCUGGAUUAUUAUUAAUCGUGGUAUGGCUGAUCCUGUGUCGUCAUUCAGGAAGGAAUUCAGUUGGAGCCUUAAGAGUUUCCACUGCUGUGGGAAUCACAGCUUUCCCUUUGGUGACAUGGCUGUACUACUACAUCAACAAGGAGCUGAGGUCCUCCUGGCCCUCACAUUGUAAAACUGCACUUUAAAUUACAAGAAAGAAUAUUAAGAUAAACCUGUGUUUAUAAUACCACUGAAUAUGUUCCAAUGUUUACAAUUACUGAAUAUGUUUGUAAAUAACCUGACAUGUACACAGUAAAUCCAAUUUGCAUUUUUGCAUCAAAAGUUAAAAAGAGAAUUCAAACGUGAUACCUGUUUGAUUGUAGAAUACAUACAUGAAGUAUAUUUUGUCUCACUGCAUUACACAGUUAGGUUUAUCCUUAAUGUAUUUAGAAUUUUUCUCUACAAAAAGCCUUUGGACUUUGUGAAGUCAAGAAAUUUGAACUGAAGAAAUCUUUGGGGAUUCCUUAUAUAAUGAACUAAAAGAACAGCACUAAUUCAGUAUCAAAGUUGUCAACAGGACCUUUGUAGAAAUACUUUUGACCUAAAAUAUAGCAUUUAAUAAAAUCUAAGUUUUACCAGA